UGUAGCUAAGUUUAGUCCGUCAUUAUUACUCCAGUCAGGAGUUUUGGUGAAUGUCCAGUUGCCACGGUCAGACAUAUUUAUAAUAUUGGAAAGAGGAAAGAGAAGCGAGCACAGCCAAGAGCAAUCAGACAGAAGAGGACAGGAAUGUGUUCUUAUGCAAUGAGCGGGUGUUAUUCUCCAGCUGAGCUCCAGACGGGCGGAGAGGAGGCUUUUUACUCCGCUGGGCGGGGAUCGGUGUCGCUGCGCUCAGCCAAUGACCGCGCGGCUCCUCUUCCCUUUUCUCUCGGUGUGUUCCUCUCACUCCUCCGGCGCUCGGUCCGCCUCACACUCAACUACUGGAGUCUCGCAGAAGAAGCGUGAGCGAGGAGGAUGAGGAUGACGAUGAGGAUGAUGAGGAUGGAUGCAAUACCGUGUCGUCUCGUGUUUUUAGCCCUGUUCUUCGGAGCCAGGAUCCAACACACAGAAGCCUUACAAUGCUACUGUCACCGGUGCCCGAACCACACGUGUGCCACAGACGGCCUGUGUUACGUGUCCAUCACUAAAUCGGGCAGCGUCACCACGCAGCAGAGCUGGUGCAUCAGCGAGAACGAGCUGAUCCCGCGCGACCGGCCCUUCGUCUGCGCGCCCUCCGCCAAACACGACACCGGCAUCUACCCCAUGUGCUGCGACACGGACUGGUGCAACAAGAACCCCGACCUCUCCUCGUUCCCAGUGCCGACGCAGAAGCCGCCGGCGUUGGGGCCCGUAGCGUUCGCGGCCCUGAUCGCGGGGCCCGUGUGUGUGGUGUGCUUCCUGAUGGUCACCGUCUUCUACUACAUCUGCCACAGCCGCUCGGUCAUCCACCACCGCGUGCCUAACGAGGAAGACCCGUCCAUGGAUCACCCCUUCAUCACGGUGGGAACCACGCUCAAAGACCUGAUCUACGACAUGACCACGUCCGGCUCCGGCUCCGGUCUUCCUCUGCUGGUGCAGCGGACCAUCGCCAGGACCAUCAUCCUGCAGGAGAGCAUCGGGAAGGGCCGCUUCGGGGAGGUGUGGAGGGGCAAGUGGAGAGGAGAGGAGGUGGCCGUCAAGAUCUUCUCCUCCAGAGAGGAGCGCUCCUGGUUUCGGGAGGCCGAGAUCUACCAGACCGUGAUGCUUCGGCACGAGAACAUCCUCGGCUUCAUCGCCGCAGACAACAAAGACAACGGCACGUGGACGCAGCUGUGGCUGGUGUCGGACUACCACGAGCACGGCUCUCUGUUCGACUAUCUGAACCGCUACACGGUGACGGUGGAGGGCAUGAUCAAGCUGUCUCUGUCCACGGCCAGCGGUCUGGCUCACCUGCACAUGGAGAUCGUGGGAACUCAAGGUAAGCCUGCUAUCGCCCACAGGGAUCUGAAAUCAAAGAACAUCCUGGUCAAGAAGAACGGCACGUGCUGUAUCGCAGACCUGGGUUUGGCCGUACGCCACGACUCCGCCACCGACACCAUCGACAUCGCGCCCAAUCACAGAGUGGGCACCAAACGGUAUAUGGCCCCAGAAGUGCUUGACGAUUCAAUAAACAUGAAGCAUUUUGAGUCUUUCAAGAGGGCAGACAUCUACGCCAUGGGGCUGGUCUUCUGGGAAAUUGCCAGCAGAUGUUCUAUUGGAGGCAUUCACGAAGACUACCAGCUGCCGUACUAUGACCUGGUGCAGUCCGACCCGUCGGUGGAGGAGAUGAGGAGAGUCGUGUGUGAACAGAAACUACGGCCCAACAUUCCAAACAGAUGGCAAAGCUGUGAGGCUCUGCGCGUGAUGGCGAAGAUCAUGAGGGAGUGCUGGUACGCCAACGGAGCGGCUCGUCUCACGGCGCUGCGCAUCAAGAAGACGCUGUCCCAGCUCAGCCAGCAGGAGGGCAUCAAGAUGUAGGUCAGCGGCCCCAGAGACUGCCACACUUAGCAUUACCUUUCCCGUCAUCCCUUACGAUCGCAUCACACUCUGUCUUCGCGAGAGGACGCAGCACUUUCACUGACUUGGUUUCCGCAUCCUUUGCCUCGGUCUUAACCGCGCCCGGACGUCGCCGCGUCUCGAGAACGCGGAUCCCGCCGUCACGCGGAGCGCCGGGCGCAUCCAACACGGGCGAAGGAAGGAAUCUUUUUAUUAUUUAUAAGUGGCUGGUGGAUUUGAGUUUGGUUUUUCUCCCAUGGAGGUUUGACUGUUUCUGUGGGACCUCGAUUUGCACCUUGUGUUGAAUUUCCGCUCAUCGCUGCAGUUCUUCAGGUCGGUGUGACUUUAAAUACAUGUUUUCUGUUUUUUGCAAAAACUAAACUGGACAUGACCUCAUUCAGUCUUGGCGAACAUGCUGUGACAUAUGCAAUACAGAUGAAACGUAUCGACUUUAUAUUUUUACUGCUCUGCUACAACAACUACGACAACUACGAUGACAACCAUGCCUUCCAAGCCAGGUGUUACCAGAAAGUGCCACUGCUUUGAACCAACUAACCAACCAACCAACCAACCAACCAACCAACCAACCAACCCACCCUCACGGUGCGGUCGGCCCCGUCGGAGCGAGAGCGGGCCGUCGCACUCCGAUCUGCUGGUGCCAUUCUUCAUUCUGUCUGCCUCUCAUUCUCUCCACUGAUGCAGCACUGAGGAUGUAACAACAAUCCAGACCUCUUCAUCUACAGCUGGUUUCAUGGAACUUCUCUGCACGCCGGUGCCGUGACGUCACGGCCGCUUACGCACCGCCGGCAUGGAAAAGGUUGGCGAGACGAGAAAAAAAAACAAAAAAAACGGCGUUACCGAAAGUUGCCCAAACAUACGAUUAGACCGCUCUCGAUGAGGUACGUUAAUAUAGAGCACGGAUAUUUACUAAGCCAUAGGUUUUCCAGCAUUUUGUGGCAACUUUUUCUAAUCGAAUGUAAAUGAGACAAAAUAUCAAGGACUGCUUCGAAACUCUCUGGAGCGAGCCUUAAGGGACCAACGAGGAGCUCGUGUGCGUUUGUGUGUGCUGGAGCUGACCGUAAUAACACGCUAGCGGCAGCACCGUACGUGAGCCGGCACAGAAAUGUAGCAGCGCUCGUGUGCGGACGGAUGUGAACGGAGCGUCCGGGAGAUCGGAUGGCCGCGCUCAUGAAUGAAGAGCGAAACGAGACGCUCAGCAGCUUUCUGUUGACUUGAUUUUCUCAAGGUAUCAGUUUCUGGUGCUUAUUUAAGCAUGCAACUCGAGAUUCUUAUUUAUGUACAUCUAUACGUUUGACACUUUUUCACCGCUGAGUUUUCACUGAUCUUUAUAGUCACAUUAGAGGCCCUUCCUCAGAGGAAUAUUCACAGAUCAAUGCAAGUUCAGCUCAGUCGACAGCAUUUGUGUCCCAAUGUUGAUUAGCUUAAAAAAAUUAAAUAAAAUUUAAAAAAAAAAAUUCAUGGUUACAAUGAGGCACUUACAAUGAAAACGAAUGAAGCAAUUUUUGGAUUUAAAAAAUUAGUUUUUUAAAUAGUAAUUGCUCUGCGGAAACAUAUUAUUUGAGCUGUAAAUAAUCAUUUUAUGGUUUUAGCUGUUACUUUAUGACAACAAAGCUGUAAAAUUUGACACAGAAUGCUAGAUUUUUUUUUUUCAUACAAAAAAAAAAAGUUAAUGUACACUGCCGGUCAAAAGUUUGGGAUCAGUGCGAUUUUUAAUGUAUUUUAAAUAAGUUUCUAAUGCUCAUCCAGGUUGCGUUUAUUUGAUCAAAAAUACAGAAAAAAAAUAUUUUGUAAAAUAUUAUUACAAUGUACAACAACAUUCUUCUAUUUUAAUGUACAUUUAAAAUCAAAUUGAUUUCUGUGAUGCGCAGCUGAAUUUUCAGCAUCAUUACUCCAGUCUUCAGUGUCACAUGAUCCUUCAGAAAUCAUUCUAAUAUACUGAUUUAUUAUCAGUGUUAGAAACAGUUGUGCUGCUUAUUCUUGUUCUGUUUUUUUGGGACCUGUAAUUUUUUUCAUGAGGUUCAUGAGGUUUUUUCAUAAAAGGUUCAAAAGAACAGCAUUUAUUUAAAACAGAAAGGUUUUCUUACAAUAUACACUACUGUUCAAAGUUUGGGGUCAGUACAUUUUUAUUCUUUCUUUUUCUUUAAAGAAAUUAAUACUUUUAUUCACCAAGGAUGUGUUAAAUUAAUAAAAAGUGAUAGCAUAGAUUUACAUUGUUAGAAAAGAUUUAUAUUUUGAAUAAAUGCUGUUCUUUUGAACUUGUUAUUCAUCAAAGAAUCACAGGUUACAAAAAAAUAUUUGUCAGCACAACUGUUUCCAACACUGAUAAUUCUAAUAAUAAAUCAGCAUAUUAGAAUGAUUUCUGAAGGAUCAUGUGACACUUAAGACUGGAGUAAUGAUGCUGAAAAUUCAGCUGCGCAUCACACAAAUAAAUUACAUUUCAAAAUACAUUAAAAUAAAAACCAUUAUUUUAUGUUGUAAUAACAUUUUGCAGUAUUAUUGUUUUUUCUGUUUAUAAUCAAAUAAAUGCAGUCUAGACGAGCAUAAGAGACUUCUGAUCCCAAACUUUUGAGCGGUAGUGUUUUUUUUUUUUGUGUGUGAAAACCAACAUUCUGCCUGAAAUGCUGUCAGUUUAGUCCAACUUGUACUGAAUGUGUAAUAUUCCUUUUAAAACAUGGAAAUAACGUCACGUGUUGAGCAAUAACAGUGUUUUUGGCGUGUUGAUUGCUCAGACGAGGGUUUCUGCUCUUCUGAUGGUCAAACUUCACUGCUAUGCAUCACGAGUCUCUGCUGGAGCACAUACACCACACGGGAACUCUUCGCAUCUCAUGCCGUUUACAGUACAUUAAUUACAUUCACACGACUGUUGUUUACUUGAAAUGUGCUGGAGAUGCUGAAGGAAAGGCAUUUCCAGCACAUUUCCUAUAAAGCAGAUUGAUUUUACCAUGUGUUUUAAAGCGCGUUUGUUUGAGAUGCUGUUAGUUGGAGUUGCUUGGAUGGACAGUAGCGUUAUGGCUGAUUAUUGAUGCUGUUUCAUGCGUACGGUGAGUGAAUGAAUGACUCCUGACACACAUUCAAAUGCACAAUUCCUAAAUGAAGUACUUUUUAAUGUGUGGGUAGGACGUAGUGUCUAUAAAUAAUGUGUACAUGUAUAUAAAUAUGUAUAAUGCUCGUCAGGCUGGUGGCUGUGUGUCGUGUACAGUGAGUUAACGAAGAAUCUGGAAGGAGAACGUGUAAAUUAAAAAGAGUUUGACACACAAAAGCAGCGGUCAGCGCUGUCAGAGGAGGAAAAGGGAACGAUUACGGAUCGAUCCGCUCGUGUGAGGGAAUGAGAGUGUCGUUAAGCUUUCUUCAGCAAACUAUAAUCGUUCAGCCAGAAAUGAAAAUCAUCAUUUGUUUAUUCUCAUGCUGUUCCAAACCUGGAAGAUGAAUGUGGGGAAUGAGAGAGGAUGCUCUUUUACAUGCAAAUGAAUGCAAACUAAAAGUGUACUUGAAAUAAAAUCGUACUUAUUUUAUAGCUAGUUUCCGAAGUAACAUGUCUCAUUUUCAUUAGCUUGAUGUACUAAAAUAACGCCAUAGACACACAAGUGAAUUACUAAACCUAAAAUAUAAACUCAAAUUCAACAAAAACUCGAUGACACUAAAACAACACUGACCGGAAUUGAAUCUUUCAGGCUUCAGAAAGAACUCGCGUCAUAAAAAUAGUCUCAAGUACUCGAGUAUGAAAUUACUUUUUACCACUGAAAGUCAAUAUAUGAACACUAGCUUGUAGCAGUUUUGUGAAGCCGAUUCAGAUUUGAAUCAAAGCUGGAGUAAAUGAUUCAUUCAGAGAUCUGAUUUUAGUUGCAAAGAAAAGAGCAGCUGGAGCAUUCUUCAAAAUCUCUCUUUUUGUGUUUCUCAAGAAACGACGCGGUUUGGAACGACACGAGGACAAACGCUGAUGUUUUCCGCUCAUGCCGUGUCAGUCGCUACUUCGUCGUCCUCGAUCACCAGCAUUUUGUUUCAGACUCGAGCGCGGUCACAUUUUCAUCCAGGUUUCCUUUAGCGAAUGCAGGUAGGUGUUGGCCGCGAGCGCCGCGCCACACCAGCUAUAACUUGACAGAAAAACCACACCGUUGCACCUCCGGUUCCAGACGCUGUCUGCUAGUGUAGCUUCAGAUGAACCCGUCGCUCGACAUCCCUUUCGACGAGCUCGUGCCUCCUCCAGACUCAUCUGCAGCGGAGAAGCGCUCCUUCGAGGAGACUUCGCUCGACAGCGGCCAUAUUUCCAGUAGAACGCUCGAGUCGGACGCCCUUACGUGACCCGGACUUCGCCGCCGCCGUCGGCUUUAAUGAGUAAUUCUUGAAAGGUAAAUUAUGCAGUUUCACACUAUAAUGCACAAACACGUCAGAACAUUUUACACGCCGUCAGACGUGGACUAAUUAACGAAACGGCGACGGGCGUGAAAGUUAAUAUUGCAAAGUAUUUGCAUAAAUUCGCUAAAGGUCAUUUUUAAAGCGGUGGCAUGAAAACACACGGGUCUUUCACUCAUUUAUGCAAAUGCAUUUGGUCAGACGGACCUCAGGCUCUCCGCUAGCAAUCAUCAUGCUGUUUAUCCCAGUUUAAUUACACCGCUAUGCUAUUAUUAUACGGACACUGUGAAUAAGAGCGUUCGGAGGAGCGCAGGAGAAUUCUGGGUCACUUAAGGGCGGCCGACGAGUUUCCCAUGGUGCAUUUCACUGCGGCUGCUGAUUGGACGGUAGCGGAAAGCUUUAUCGUGUUUUAUUUGGUGCCUAAGUUUGACUCUGUUUUGUUUUUUAAUUCCACUUAGAAUGAUGCACUGCAUGGGACUUAUUUCUAAUGUUUGCAUCACUUGCUUUUUUAAAAAAAUAUAUAUAUUAUAAGGAAUAAUAAUUAAAAAAAAAAAAAAAGAUUUAAUUUCAGUAGGUUUUAAAAGGUCAAAACGUUCUGAGAAAAAUACCUCCUCUGAAGACCAAUGUGUUUAUACCUCAGUGUAUAUAUUUGAUUUGUUUACUCCGAGUUUGUUUCUUUUUGAAAUGCUAAAAUGACAUUUUAUGUCGGUGGUACGUGUCGAUGGCAUCAUGUUAUUGUAUUAUUGUCCAAACAGUAUAUUCCUCCUUCUUUAAAGCAUUAUUUGGUUUUGUUCUGUUCUUUUUUUGUGUUCUGUAUGAAUUACAAGUGCUUUACUGAUGUCAUUCUGUCCUUUAAUGCCUCCUCAGCUGUAUAGAAAUGCCUUGUACUGUUUCUUUUACAAAAAAAAGAAAGGAAAAAAAAAACAAAAAGAGAAAAAGAAUGAAACUGGUGGCUGAAGUGAGCUGUGUGGGUCUGAUCGGAGCCCACUUGAUUUCUAAAGCGUUAUGUAUUGCCUUUUCUAGUGUGUACAGAUGAGCUGCAUAGGAUCAUAGCGGAGUGAAGAUCAUGUUGCUUUCUAACAUAGUGGAGUAGAGAUGGGUGUCAAUAAAAAAAAACAAAAAAAAAACACUUCAAACUUU